CUGACUUCAAAACGAAUUAACUUUAUAUAUUCAUUCUUUCAACCUUUUAUAGAGACUGGUUUUUUAAGGACAAAGAAAGUUGCGGCUGCAAUCGUCUGCUUGAUAAUAUUUAUAACACUAAUCUGCCUGAUAAUAUGGGUAUUUUACAGAUAUUACAAAAAAGUAAUGUGGCUUGGCUGCAUUACACCUAAGUGGAUAAUUCUGUUCUACUCAAACAAUCGGCUUACAGGUAAUUUUGGUGUAGUUUACAAAGGUAUUUAUUGUGGAAAAAAUGGGACUUCCGCAGUAGUUGCUUGUAAAACCAUAGAUUCUUUCCUUCGUGAAGGACUUAUGAUGGCCAAUUUUGACCAUCCUCAUGUCACACGGCUUAUUGGUAUAUCCCUGGCUUCGAAUGGCUGUCCGAUGAUCGUUACUGACUAUCUUGCGAAGGGAGAUUUGAGGCAUUACAUCAUUAAUCCAAAUAAUGUAAGUGCUGGAAUCCCUCUUAGAAAAAUUAAUGAGAGAAUUUACGUCUUUAUUGCUGAUGGUAUGGCUUAUCUUCACGAGAAGAAAUUCAUUCACCGCGACUUGGCAGCUCGAAAUUGCAUGCUGGAUGAAAAGCUGAAUGUUAAAAUAUCAGAUUUUGGGCUGAGUAGAGAUGUUUCUCGAGGUGGUAUGUAUGAAGCGAAGAAUAGGAACCGCGGAAUUCCAAUUCGUUGGAUGCCAAUUGAAUCUUUAGAAGAACAGCAAUAUACUUUCAAAGGUGACGUUUGGGCCUACGGUGUUGUAUUAUGGGAGCUUGCAACAAGAGGUCUUAUUCCUUAUGGCGACCUCGAAAUGAAGGAUAUAUUACGUUUAUUGAAGCAAGGGCAUCGGCUUUCUAAGCCAAAGAAGUGCCCAGAUAUUUUGUACCAAAAAGUUAUGCUUCUUUGUUGGUUGGAAGUUCCUGAAAGAAGGCCGACAUUCAACGAGCUUAAAGAGAUGAUGGAGGAUGUAGUUGACCAGCUCAAGAAGGGUAUUUCUGGCACGUCUUUGCUGAACAAUCACUAUGAACGUGUAUGCAAUCGUUCUGCAGCGACCACGCCAGUUUCAUACCCAAAGCCUUUCCCAGUGGGUUGCUGGGGGGGUUAUGGGGAAGGAUGUUUGGAAACAAGUAUUCGCGUAGACUUAUGA